AUGUCGGAAAAGGAGUACAAACAGAAGUAUGAUGGAAAACUUAACAAGUCAUCAACAGUGUUAAGAACAUACACCGGUCAGCUUUUACCAGUUGUCGGAGAAAAAUCUGUUACUGUACAGUAUGGAGACCAACAUCUAUCGCUACCAUUACUUGUUGUCAAAGCUGAUGGACCAGCAUUGCUGGGUAGGAACUGGUUAAGUCAAUUAAAACUUAAUUGGCAGUCCAUCAAGUACACCAUCCAUGAUAACUUGGAGAAGGAAAUCUUCCAGAAAUACAAGGUUUUCAAUGAAGAGCUUGGUACUGUGAAAGGUGUAACUGCGACACUUCGAUUGAAAGAUAACUGUACACCAAAGUUUUUCAAACCAAGGCCCGUGCCUUUUGCUCUAAAGGACAAGAUUGGUGAAGAGCUUGAACGCUUGGAAAAGGCCGGUAUUCUCAGAAAAGUGGAGAGUUCUGAUUGGGGCACUCCUAUUGUACCAGUGUUGAAGCCUGAUGGAUCUGUGAGGAUAUGUGGGGACUAUAAAGUCACUAUCAAUCCCUACUUGGAUGUUCCAGAAUAUCCUUUACCCACAAGUGAAGAGUUGUUUGCAAAGUUGAAUGGUGGUGAACAGUUCUCAAAACUUGAUUUGACUAGUGUGUAUCAACAAGUACUCUUAGACGAGGAGUCGCGAAACCUUGUAACCAUAAACACACACCAAGGUUUGUACCAGUAUACGCGUCUUCCAUUUGGAGUUGCGGCUGCACCAGCUAUUUUUCAACGCACAAUGGAUCAAGUCCUGCAAGGAAUUGAAGGUGUCGGAUGCAUAUUAGAUGAUAUUCUAAUUACGGGGAAAUCUGACGUGGAACACCGUCACAAUCUUCAUACGACACUACAGCGACUUGAAAAUUUCGGUAUACGACUACGGAAAGACAAAUGUUUUUUCCUUCGCGAUGAAGUAGAAUAUUUCGCGUUCAAAGUCAACAAAGAAGGUAUCCACCCUUCACCGAGAAAAGUGGAAGCCAUUUUGAAAUUGGCUGAUCCUCAGAAUAAGCGUGAACUUCAAUCUUGGCUCGGUAUUGUGAAUUAUUACCGGAAAUUCAUUCCCAACAUGGCGACUGUCCUUGAGCCUCUUACUCAUUUGCUUGCCAAUGAUGUUGAAUGGCAAUGGAGCCCAACAUGUGCGAAUGCGUGGGAGACUAUCAAGAAACUUUUGGUUUCAUCUGAAGUUAUGGUACAUUAUGACCAAAAGAAACCAUUGACGUUAGCUGUCGAUGCUUCAUCAUAUGGACUUGGAGCUGUUAUCUCGCACACCAUUGGGUCGAACGACAAACCCAUAGCGUAUGUUUCGCGCACCUUGACAUCUGCGGAAAGGAAUUAUUCGCAGAUAGAAAAAGAAGCGUUAGCGAUUAUCUUUGGAAUUCAACGGUUUCACCAGUAUCUGUACGGGCGACGUUUUACCCUAUUGACGGACCAUAAACCGCUGACAACUAUAUUGGGACCAAAGAAGGGCAUUCCGGUUUUGGCCGCGUCUCGAUUGCAAAGAUGGGCGAUACAGUUAUCCGCGUACCAGUUCGACAUAAAGUUUCGUUCAACGGAUAAAAACGGAAAUGCUGAUGUGUUAUCACGUUUUCCUAUGAAAGAGGAGGAAAGUGGAGUUGACGACAACUAUGUGUUCUAUGAGGAAGCUCAGUUAGUGAACAAAAUGCAAGUUAACAGCUUACCUGUUACUGCUACGCGUAUCGUUGCGGCAACAAAAGGAGAUACAACUUUGGCACGCGUAAUGGAAUUUACCCGAAGUGGAUGGCCAAAUGUGGAAAUGGGAGAUGAACUUAAACCAUAUCACCGAAUUCGUGAUGAACUGACCAUGGAGGAAGGAUGCUUACUCCGAGGAGUACGAGUAAUCAUUCCGAACCAAUAUCAAAGUGAAAUAUUAGAUGAACUGCAUAGCAACCAUCCAGGAAUUGUUAGAAUGAAAUCCCUGGCUCGGUUACAUGCAUGGUGGCCAAACAUGGAUGUGGAUAUUGAACGGAAAGUGUCGGGCUGUGAGGCAUGUCAGAAAGUACUACCAAAUGCACCGAAAUCUCCUGCAAACCCUUGGAGAUGGCCGUCGGCACCAUGGAACCGUAUUCAUAUUGAUUUUGCUGGACCAUUUAUGAGUGAAAUGUUCAUGGUAGUGGUCGAUGCACAUUCAAAGUGGUUAGAUGUGAUACGCAUGUCUUCCACGACCACAGCCAGUACUAUCAACGCGUUGAGGUUUCUAUUCGCGUCGUAUGGUUUACCCAAAGAACUAGUUUCAGAUAAUGGACCGCAAUUUACUGCAGCAGAGUUUGCCACAUUCUUGAAAGAAAAUGGAGUACGUCAUAUACUUUCUGCACCUUAUCACCCCAGCUCAAACGGCGAGGCAGAGAGAGCUGUACGUACAUUCAAGCAAGCUAUGAAAUCCCUGGUUCAGUCAGAUAGUAGUCUGAACCAGAAACUUGCUUCGUUUUUGUUGUCGUACCGUACAACACCACACAGUCUCACCAAGACUCCACCCAGUGAACUAUUCUUGGGAAGGAAGUUGAGGACCAGGUUGGAUAUAAUGCGUCCGGAUCUUUCUGGGAAAAUUCAACAAAAGACUACACCAACAGAGUCAAAAACACGAUUGUUCGAAAUUGGUGACAUUGUCAUUACUCGCGACUACCGUGGAAACCCACGGAAACCUUCAUGGAUCAAAGGUAUUGUUAUCCGCAAGCUAGGACCAAUGACAUAUACCAUUCAGGUGGACAACCUGAUAUGGAAAAGACAUGUGGAUCAAAUACGUACAUGUGAUCCAGCUUGUAACUUUGAACCAAGAGAGCAAGCAGUUCCAGACACUCAAAAUUCUCUGGGCAGUCUCCCAGGUAUCUUACCUAAUCCAACCAUUGGUACUCAGAGGAUUCCUUCAGCGGAUUGUCCAAUUCGGAUUCAAACCAGUGAAGUAGCUACUACUACACCAGAGACUGAUCAGACUGAUCAGACUGAUCCAUCGACCAAUGUGACACAUGAACAUCGCUAUCCGCGUCGUGAUAUAAUCAAACCAUCGCGUCUGAUUGAAAACUGUUAA